CUCAAGAUGGAGGGCGGAGCGCGUUCGGUUGCAAAAGAAAUUCUUUCCGAAUUCAUGUCCAACGAUUCCAUGCCCUCGUCGAACGAUGUGUCCUUAAAUGAGCUAGAACAUUUGGCAGAACUGCACAAGCAGAUCGAGCUGAAAAAAGCGUACCGGGAUACUUUGCGUGGGUUGAAUUUGGGACUGUUCGCCCUCAAACAAGGCAUAAGUCGUGCUGGGAAUGAUCCAUUUGCGGAAUGGCUCGUCAAAGAACAACAUGCCACCGUUCGCCUGGUGGCCGAUAAGCAACGAGAAGCGUCGUACGGAACGACGGAGCUUAGCCAUGAGCCCGCACUGCUUGGCAGUUCGCGCCAGGUGUUGGUGGAACAGGCAGAGCUGCAAAAGUUGCAAAGUGUUGUGCGUCUGCAGGAUCAGGUACGUGCCAAACUCGCCAGCACACGUGUGGUGAAGCAGUGGGAACGGGAAAAGGCCACCCUGCUGACGGAACAGAACGAACUAUCCAAGCUGGACGUAGUCGGUGAGGAAAUUAUGCAAAAGCGUAAAAAAAUGCUUGUCCGCAAGCAUGCGGAGAUAGCAACGCUGCUGAUCGGUAUUGGCGAAAGUGUGGAAAGGACCGAAGAGUUACGGUCGAAGUUGGCCGAGUUUACGAAGCAACGUCGGGAUGAGCUGCACGAUUUUCAAUCAAGCGAUUCCGAUAUGCGAUCAGAAGAGGGAAGAAAGGAUGGCCGGUUGAUCGGUGAAAAUGGCAGAGAUGGGAGCAACUGCCCACCCUUGUUUGAUACGAUCGAUUGGAACCUGGGAAGCGUUAGUAUGGAUUUGCGGUUGGAUAUCCCGUUCAAAAAUCCGAACGAUUUUCCCGAUAUCCUCACACGUCUCAGCUCGAUCAAUACCAACAAAUAUCAACUGAAGGACGUUUCCGACUACAUUAGCGGAAAGAGUGAUAAUCAGAGUUCGCGCCAAAAUACGCCCUUACAGAAAGCAUCCAAAAUGGCUGCUUCGGGAAAAAAACGUUCCCCAGAACUAGCGCCCACUGAUGCUACUGUUGAUAAAAAAUCGAAAAUGAGUGACUCUAGCGAAAAACCCGACCAGAAGGUUUCCAGUAAGGAGCAUGAAAAUGGAAACACUAACGCGGCCACUCGUAAAAACCCAAUAAGCGAAAAUGGUUCUGCAACUCCUAAACCUUUGUCAAAGAAAAAUAGCUACGAUAAGGUGGUGACUAAUGGGCAGCAUAAAUUAAUGCAAAAAACCCCAGCCCCGAUGGUGCAGCGUGAUCCCUCACCGGGUCCAGCUCCGAAAGCCUCUUCCACCCAGGACAAGAGAUCCUCACCGACAGAAAAAGGAACAGGUCAAAACGAGGAUAAAAAGCUACAAGAAAAUCGUAUUCGGCAGUCGGUAGCUAAAUCCGUAACACCCGGAAACAACAACAACCGUACAACGAAUAACCAAUCGAAAGGCAAGAUGGAUCUACCACAGCGCCAGCAUUGUGCUCAGCAGGAGAAAGGGCGUAAUAUGUACCCGAAACAGAUAGAACAGAUGAAAAAGACUCGUUCCAUGCGAAUGCUUUCGCCGGCCGGAGGUUCAUCGAAUUCGGCUAAGAACGUAAAAAAAUCUUCCGUCACUUCUGAUGCGAACAAUGCUGUACCACCACCGGUGGUAUCUAUGGAGAUGGAACCGGAGGAGGCUAACCAAGGUGUGGAAUCUUCGCCUAGCAACAGCUCACUGGACUUUGGCAUCCAAAGUUCCAGCGGUGAGUUUGAUAUUAAUUUUUCCGGCGAUCUCCAGCUAGAACUAAAUCCAGUGUCCAACGAGGAUGAGGAUGAUAGGCUGGACUUUCUCUCCAUUAAUCCUGGGCGAGUUACAAGGAGCAAGGGGCAGAAGAUAAAACAGAGCAACAACGGUGGUAAAGGUAGCAGCAACAGCACUGAUGAUGGCGACAUGUACACCUUUGAUUUUGCUUUCGGUGGUACAAAUUCGAACGAGAGUUUGGACCAUCUGGAGGAUUUGUUUUAG